CUUCCAGGAAGGAGAACUUUCCCCCAGUUCAAAGUUAAAACUCAGAGAGAGAGAGAGAGAGAGAUGAAGCUCAUAUCAACCAUAAUAAUUCUCUCUUUAUAUAUCUCUCUACCCCUUAAGUUGAUCUCUCAUUGUCUAAUCUCUCUCUCUCUCUCUCUCUCUCCCUCUCUCAUAAUAACCCUUUAGAGAUGUCAUUACUCUCCACAAUGGAAUUAGCAACUGAUGAUCCAUUUCUCUUUGAAGAUUAUUUUCCAUCGAUGAUUGAGCGGUUGGGUGAGGACGGGUUCAUGGGGGAGCUGUGUAAUGGGUUCCGGCUGUUGAUGGACGUGGAAAAGGGACUCAUAACGUUUGAGAGCUUGAAGAGAAACACUCUUCUGCUAGGUCUGCAGGACAUGAGAGACGAUGAACUCGUAUGCAUGUUGACAGAAGGAGAUUUGGAUGGUGAUGGAGCUCUCAAUCAGAUGGAGUUUUGCAUUCUCAUGUUCAGAUUGAGUCCUGGUUUGAUGGAUGGAUCCAAGCGAUGGAUGGAAGAGAUGGGCGUAAAUUAAUUUGUUUGGUUUGGUUUUCAGUAUGUGUGUCUUAAAAAGUUUUAAAAAUUAAUUUAGUGAAAAAACAUGUUUUUGAAUUUUUAAAAAUUAUUUUCCCACAAAAAUCAAAUAAUAAUAAUAAUGAAUGUUUUAAAUUUUUCAUUAUUUUGUCACUAAAUUAAUUUUUAGUACUUUUUUAAAAAAAUAGAUUCUGAAAAUAAAACUAGAUAAAUCUCUUGUCUACUUUCAUGAUUUUUAUCUAAUAAGAAUGUCCUUAUUGGAUUUUGUAACGCCCUAAAACUUUUCUUUAUAUGCAACGAAUUUCAAUAAA